CACACACAAAUCAUCAAGGUCUAAAUCAGGAAUAUACCCAAGUUCUUUCCAACAGCUAUGAACGGAUCAAUUUCAACGGACUAGUCCUGCAAGGAAAUGCCAUUGAAGUAUCCAGCAGGAAACACUGGAGGAAAGCCCCUCAUGAAAAAAGCAUUUCCACUAUUAUGAGUCGAUCUACUACUCAUAGUACGCUCACAGCUCCGAACACUACCUCAACUCCAACGACGGCUCAUGAUGAUGACAACUCUGCUGGAAUCCGCUCCCUGAUUGUUCUUGUUAUUACCUUUUGUCUCGUCCUCUUGCUAACUGCUGUGGUUGUAAGCCUCAUUCGAAAGAAACGACUAGAUAGACUACGUCAUCAGCUGAUGCCAUACUACUCCUACGAUCCUCGAGAGGACGGUGAUGACUGGGAAGCUGAAUUACUUGAUGAUUCGUUUGAUUUUCAUUUGAAGGAUUACAAGUCAACCAUUUGACCACAGGGAGUGUCAAGAUAGCUCUUUGGACACUCUUCAAGGAGUGAAAGUUUUAACUGGUGGAGCUCCAAUUUUUUUAAUCUGGAAAUGAUUUUCAGAUGUAGACUUCCAAAACUAGUCAAUUAUAAUUAUACUUAGUUAUCAUAGUAUUUAUAUUUCUCUGUACAUAUUUUUAAUACAUGACCAUGUUCAAUUUUAUUGUGA